CUCACACUGCAGUGGGACCGGAUCAGUUCUGGAUUAUUUUGCACAGUCCAGACUGUACGGGACCCUGUGCGAACUAUGUGAAGUUUCCUAUAAAGCACUGUUUGACCAUGCUGUUCCCAGCCUCGAAGUCUGAUGUGAAAUCGGUUCUGGAUGGAGUAGCAGAAACCACAUUCAGGACCAUCACGUCUGGACUGCAGUACUUUGGUUCUAAUGACAUCAGCUAUGAUGACCACAUCAUUGACGGGGACUUUGGCAAAGGUGGAUACCCUUUGCAGAAGCCUUUCUCUGCCUACCGCAGAAGCUCUCUCUCGGAUAAAGUUGCACCGGAUGAGGAACUCAUCCUGAAAGGUAUCCCAUUUUAUCCCACUAACAGCUCGGAUGGGAAUGGGAACUGGAGUAUUGGAGAUCAUGGAAGUAGCCUCCAGUGUGGAGAGAACUUUAUGGACAUGGAAUGUUUCAUGAUACUGACUCCUAGUCAGCAGCUCGCUGUUGCUGUAUUGUCACUUACACUUGGCACUUUUACCGUAUUGGAGAACCUGGUGGUUCUUUGCGUGAUAUUGCAGUCACGUACCCUACGCUGUAGACCAUCUUAUCAUUUCAUUGGUAGCUUGGCCGUUGCAGACCUACUUGGUAGUGUGAUCUUCGUCUACAGCUUCUUGGACUUCCACGUGUUUCACCGCAAAGACAGUCCGAACGUUUUUCUGUUCAAACUGGGCGGUGUAACCGCAUCUUUUACAGCUUCUGUCGGAAGCCUGUUUCUCACGGCCAUUGACCGAUACAUAUCUAUACACCGGCCAUUGGCAUAUAGGCGUAUUGUGACACGCACCAAAGCGGUGAUCGCCUUCUGCAUGAUGUGGAUCGUCUCCAUCAUCAUUGCUGUGCUGCCGCUGCUCGGAUGGAACUGCAAACGGUUAAAUUCAGUUUGUUCUGACAUCUUUCCACUAAUUGAUGAAAACUACCUGAUGUUCUGGAUCGGUGUGACCAGCGUUCUGGUCAUAUUCAUCAUCUAUGCUUACAUGUACAUCCUCUGGAAGGCCCACCACCAUGCUGUUAGGAUGCUAAGACGCACAUCGCAAAAAAGCCUGGUCAUCCACUCCUCUGAUGGCACGAAGGUCCAGACCACCAGGCCAGAUCAGGUCCGCAUGGACAUCCGGUUGGCCAAGACAUUGGUUCUGAUUCUAGUGGUGUUGGUGAUCUGUUGGGGGCCUGUUUUGGCCAUUAUGGUGUAUGAUUUGUUCUGGCGUAUGGAUGACAACAUUAAGACAGUUUUUGCAUUCUGUAGUAUGCUCUGCCUGCUCAACUCCACCGUUAACCCAGUAAUCUACGCUCUCAGGAGUAAAGACAUGCGCAGGGCCUUUCUCACAACCUGUCAGUGCUGCAGGAGCACCUCCAGCACGUCUCUGCAGCUCGAUAACAGCCUGGAAUCAGAUUGUCAGAGGAUUCAACACAUCGCUGCAAACCGUGCCGCCGAGAGCUGCCUGAAGACCACUGUGAAAAUUGCCAAACUGACAAUGUCCGUCUCUGCUGAGACAUCAGCCGAAGCUGUUUAAGUGUGUUUGAUUGUUCAGCUGGCAAUGUGAAUGUUGAACGAGUGCUGUUCUGAUCAGGAUUAAUAUAGUUUUUAAUAUUUUGCUAGUUUCUAUUGCAUUUUGUCAUUUGAAUUUAAAUUUCAGUUUAGUUUUUAUUUAGUUUAACUGUACAUAAAGCAUUUUUGUUUUGUUUGAAUCUUUGGAAAAAAAAGAGAAGCUGGGUUUCCAUCCACGUAUUUUAUGUGCAUUUUGGGAUAUCGAAAAAAAAAACUGCUGAAUGGAAACACCACGAUAUAAUCUCCAAAAUACGCACAAAAAUUUAAAAGCUUGCUUGAGGUGGAUACAUGUACUGCAGGACGCAGCGUUGGAGCUCACCUUUUCAGUAAGAGGGUGCAAGUUAGAAAGCCUGGCUCUAGAAAUGGGAUAAAGCCUAUAUCAAAUGACUGUGAGGAAGAUCCAUGGAAAAUGGCCCACCUUAUUCAGCACCACCAGUAAGUUCAUCUGCCAAAAACAACACAACACUUUAUCAGGAAAUGCAACAAGUGAACUGUGAUAUGUUGUUUUACAUAUCAAUCAGGCUGCAGCUUACAAUGAUGUUUUGUUAUAGAUUUAGAGAUUAAUCAGACCAUCCUAAAAUGACAGAAGAUAUGAAAGCUAAACACAUUUUCUCUGUACUGGUGUUUUCAUUUAUAUUGUAGUGUAUUUUUUAGUUUUUGUUCUUUUGUAAAUUUGUUUUUAUUUAAGUUAACAAAAAUAUUUUUUCACUGCUGGUUCUUUUCUUUAACAAUAAUUACCUUGGUUCUGAUGCACCACAUCUUAACAUAUCAAUGUGUCUGUUCUUGCGGGUGAUGAAAAGUUGCAUGCAGGUGCCCAUGUAUAAAGUACAACAGUCAAUAUCCAAAGCUGCUUAAGUUACCACUGUUUUGAUGAAGUGUUCAGUACGUCAUCUCUCUUAAGUGCCAGAUUUUUCUCAAAAGAGGUUCUAUUCCAGUAAUUAAAUUUUUGGGGCUUUUUUCUUUGUUGUUGUUUGCCAUUAAAUGUCAUUGUAACAUGUAACUAAAAAUCUGUGGAUAUAGUGUGUAUUUAAUGAAAGUUUAUAUUUUUAUACUUUUAAUUUUUUUUUCAAACAAUGAUAUCUUAUCACAUGGGAAUAA